CCCACGGAACUUGCCCGCAGCCGCCCCGCGGCGGCGUCCGCCCUGUCCCAUGUCCCGCAAGGCGAGCGAGGACGUGGAGUACACGCUGCGCAGCCUGAGCAGCCUGAUGGGCGAGCGGCGCCGGCGGCAGCCGGAGCCCGGGGCGCCGGGCGGGGAGCGCAGCCUGCUGGCCGCCGAGUCGGCCGCCAGCCUGCAGGGCGCGGAGCUGGAGCGCGCGGCGCGCAGGCAGUUCCAGCGCGACGAGACCCCCGCCUUCGUGUACGCGGCCGCCGCCUUCUCGGCGCUCGGCGGCUUCCUGUUCGGCUACGACACCGGCGUGGUGUCGGGGGCCAUGCUGCUGCUGCGGCGCCAGAUGCGCCUGGGCGCGAUGUGGCAGGAGCUGCUGGUGUCGGGCGCGGUGGGCGCGGCCGCCGUCGCGGCGCUGGCCGGAGGGGCCCUGAACGGCGCCCUCGGCCGGCGCAGCGCCAUCCUGCUGGCCAGCGCCCUGUGCACCGCGGGCUCCGCCGUGCUGGCCGCCGCCGCCAACAAGGAGACGCUGCUGGCGGGUCGCCUGGUCGUGGGGCUCGGCAUCGGCGUUGCUUCCAUGACGGUUCCUGUGUACAUCGCAGAGGUCUCGCCGCCCAACCUGAGAGGCCGACUGGUCACCAUUAACACCCUCUUCAUCACAGGGGGACAGUUUUUUGCAAGUGUCAUUGACGGAGCCUUCAGUUACCUGCAGAAGGAUGGAUGGAGGUACAUGUUGGGGCUUGCCGCCGUUCCAGCCGUCAUACAGUUUCUCGGGUUUCUCUUUUUGCCCGAAAGCCCCCGGUGGCUUAUUCAGAAAGGGCAGACUCAGAAGGCCCGCAGAAUCUUGUCCCAGAUGCGUGGCAAUCAGACUAUUGACGAGGAGUAUGACAGCAUCAGAAACAGCAUCGAGGAGGAGGAAAAGGAAGUCAGCGCAGCUGGACCUAUAAUCUGCAGAAUGCUGAGCUACCCCCCAACUCGCCGAGCGUUAGUUGUGGGAUGUGGUUUACAGAUGUUCCAGCAACUCUCGGGCAUCAACACCAUCAUGUACUACAGCGCAACCAUCCUGCAGAUGUCUGGAGUGGAAGAUGACAGACUUGCAAUAUGGCUGGCUUCAGUUACAGCUUUCACCAAUUUCAUUUUCACACUAGUUGGAGUCUGGCUUGUUGAGAAAGUGGGUCGUAGGAAGCUUACGUUUGGUAGUUUGGCAGGUACCACAAUAGCACUUAUUAUUCUUGCUUUGGGAUUUCUGCUCUCAGCCCAGGUUUCCCCACGAGUCACUUUCAAACCAGUGGCUCCUUCGGGUCAAAACGCCACCUGCACAGGAUACAGUUACUGUAACGAGUGCAUGCUGGAUCCAGACUGCGGCUUCUGCUACAAGAUAAACAGUUCAGCUGUCAUUGAGUCUUCCUGUGUUCCAGUAAAUAAAGCUUCUACAAAUGAGGCAGCCUGGGGCAGGUGUGAAAAUGAAACCAAGUUCAAAACAGAAGACCUCCACUGGGCUUACAGCUUCUGCCCCACCCCAUACUCCUGGACGGCACUCCUGGGCCUGGUUUUGUAUCUCGUUUUCUUUGCACCUGGAAUGGGACCGAUGCCCUGGACAGUGAACUCUGAAAUCUAUCCUCUCUGGGCAAGAAGUACAGGAAAUGCAUGCUCAGCUGGAAUAAACUGGAUUUUCAAUGUUCUGGUUUCACUGACCUUUUUACACACUGCAGAGUAUCUUACAUACUAUGGGGCGUUCUUCCUCUACGCUGGAUUUGCAGCUGUGGGGCUGCUGUUUGUCUAUGGCUGCCUUCCUGAGACGAAAGGGAAAAAGUUAGAGGAAAUCGAGUCGCUCUUUGACAACAGGCUAUGUACGUGUGGCACCUCGGACUCCGACGAAGGGAGGUACAUUGAAUACAUCCGGGUGAAGGGAAGUAACUACCACCUCUCUGAUAACGACGCUUCUGACGUGGAGUAGUUUUCACCUGAGGGCACUUCCGUUACUGAGUUGAAUGUGAGGAGAAGGCCAGCGUUUGGUCAUCGCCCCGCCUGCAAGCUGAGUCUCCCCACAGUCCUUCCAAAUGACUCCAUAUUCCAGAAGACUUGAUGAGGAGAAAAAAUACAACCAUGGUGAUGUUUAUUUUCAUACACAGAAAUGUUUAAAAAAAAAAAAACACAUUUUUCUUAAGCAAAUGUGUAUAACCCCUUCCUGAGACAGUCUAAACCUUACUGUUGUAUCCAGUGAUGUCAGUGGGACCCCUUUCUCCUAAAACCAUACACAAUUAUUAGUGGCAAUACAGUCAGUGGUAAUCUAGGCAGAUUAUAUAUGUAAAUUUAUAAAGGAUUAUUUUAAAUGAUCUAAAGAUAUUUAAUGUCAAAGCAUGGCCUAUUGGCCCUAAAUUUUCAGAACAAGUAGUGGCUUUCCUAUGAUUGGUACAAAGUGAAUUCUGUCUAAACUUCCAUCCAGAAACUCAGAAGUCCUAUAAGGACACAGUUGUCCCUCUCUCCUCCGGAUUCCAGAUGUUGGCUUCUCCAACACAGAUAUGGAAAUUCCCUCACAGACUGAGUACACAGGAUCUUUUGAACAUUAUCCAAAGCAGGCCUUUUAAGGGUUAUUUUCAUACUUUUUUGCAUCGGUGAUGAGUAUAUUUGCAGAGAUACGCUAGCAUGUUUUGAUAAGUAUAUUUUAUUGUCCAGGUAUGAAAGAACAGAUUUUUAUAUACCCUGAUUUGUUAGUCACUUAGGAAUGCAACUGUAAAUGUGAAGCAGUGCCAGGUCAGUUUAAUCCCGCCGGACUCCCCACGUUGUCACCCCGAGCUCCUGCUGUUCCGUGCCUUCCUGGGGGUUAACCAACAGCUGCUGGAGGAUGGGUUUUCUCUUUCUGAUAUGCAAGAGGAAGGAAGUCAGUGGCAGAAACAGUUAAUAACAUUGAAUUUCCAUCCUAGGACUUCUUUCUCCAAAUGUUUCGUUGGCUCUUCCUAACGACAGGAGCAUACCUCACUACCAGUUACUAGUAUUUUCUCCCCGAGAACGUAAGCCAGUUUUAGUUUAUGUCCUCCUCUCAUUCCUAAUAAUUUGCUACACAACCAAAAUGCAGAGCUGUGUCUGCCUUUUUGUUUGUUUGUUUGUUUUUGCAUUUUGUUUGUUUGAUCUCAUACUUGGUUUGGUUUUCUGUCUGCUCUGAGAAUUGAGAUCUCUCCAUUGGAAAGGCAUAGAUUGGUUCUGAUGCCCGUCAGGAAACAGGUUGACUUUCUAUAGCACCUCGCAGUGUUUGGUGGUUUCUAUGUCAUUCAACACUGAAUUCCUAAUUCUCUCCACUGUUCUAAGAGGGAUGUGGUACGAAACAAAAUUACUUGCUAACAAAUCUCACUUGCUAGUUCUUGUAAAGUUAUAGAUGACUCAUGACCAGUCAGGAAUACCUCGGCUUGAAGCUUCACAUUGUGAUCUAAACAUCCAGUUAGUUCUAAAUCCAAGUGAGUGAUAGCUAAUUGAAAAAAUGGAAGUGUUUUGCCAGUCUCCAAAAUGUCCAUUCUUUUUAAAAGUCUGGCUUCUUGUUACUGUAACUAUCAAACUGAGACCAUAUCAAGAAAGUUUACCAUCCAGUCACCAAAAGUUCUUACUCAGUCACUCUUGUGCCCUAAAAAAAUCCUUCAGCCAAAAGCGGAGGUUUUCUCUGUUUGGUUAUUUAAUGUCAUUAAAAAACUAACAUAGAAUUUUGGAAAAUUUUUCCUCAAAUUAGGUGCUUUGAAAUUUAUUUAUAAAGAAUAUUAGUACUGAUUUUUUUCUCUAGAAGAUAUUAUUUAAUAGGAUAUAUUAUUUGAUAUUUCUUAUCUUUUAAGAUGUUUCUUAACUCAAUAGCAUUUUACGAGAUCAAAUGAGCUAUUACGUGGUAUAGUUAGCAAAUUAUAGGAAGAAAAAAUGAGUAAAGUGCUCCUUUUAAAGUAUAUUUUACUGAUUUGUCCAACUUGUUGCCUCAAUUUUUCCCUUCAUGGCCCAUGCCGCCUUAAGUCCACAGGUGUCUGCAGCUGGGCUGGCACAGGGACCUUUAUUGAAGGGACAGCUAGACUCAUUGGUCCUGAAAGCUGACUGUGACGUGUUCCUGACAUAAAAAUACAUAUGCUUUUAGGUUUAUGUCCACAAAUUAACCUAAUUAUGGGAAAUCGUCCACAUUUUUCUUUCCCUGUUCCCUUCAUCAUUUCUAAAAAUUAUUUGUUAUUUACAUAGUAGCAGUAUACCAUACCUUUAACAUACAAAACAGAAAGGCCACAUAUAACUUUUAAAAAGCGUCUCAAUACUUGAAAAGGAGCCUUCUCUAAUCUAGGUCUGAUUUUUAGGUUUGGUGAACAUUUAUAAUACAUUAAAAGUUCAAUGUUGGAAUUUUUCAGAUUUUUAUCCUAUUAAACAUCUUUUAUGUUCUUAGUGAAUUCGACUACCACUAUCAAUCUGAAAACCACCCAUGUGAAAUCAUCAUAUAUAAAUUCUGUAAGACAAUUUCUAUAUGAUAUGACUUGAUCUCACACAUUGAAAAAGGUUAAUCAGUGUAAUUUCUACUUCGAUGAUCACUUUCUUUCCAAACAUGCUGCAAAUUCAGUCCAGGUGUAUUUCAUUUGGGAAUAUGGGUUUAAGAAGAUCAUGAUCAUACCAGCCACCUAGCUAGGUGGCUAAUGUGCAGGAGAAUUAAGAAUGCAUAUUUUUUAAUACAUAUAAGCACACAUUGUUGAACAUGUUGUCAAAUAGACUUGAUGCUAUGGGCUAUGGAUACAGUUCACUGGCAGAGUGCUGGCCUGAAAAGAGUGGGUCUUGAUAUUUUUUCCUUCCAUGUAAACAUCUGUAGUAAUUUUGAUCAUUACACCUACUUUAGUCAUUAUCUAAAAUAUGGCUUUGAAUAUGUGUAGAAUAUCUAAAUAAAAGAUGUUUCCAGGAGAAUAACACUAGAUCUUUUUAAUAACUUAUGAAAGAAACCCACAUUAAGAUACAAUCUUAAUUCUUAUUGUUCCCUCAAAGGCAGGAGAUCAGUGAAAGCACUGAAUUUAUGGAUCUUCCUAUAAUCUUAGUGUCCAUUAGAGGGAAAGACCAUCAAAAAUUGAUGACUGACCCAUUUAGUUUUUAAUACCAAAGUAAAAUUGAAAAGUAUUGUUAAUAAUCAUAUAUCUUGGGGCAGAAGUGAAGUGGAAUUUUAGACUGCACUACCCACAUUUUUUUUAAAUAACUGGAUGUGGUAAAGUUUCAGUUAUCAAGUUCAAACCAUUCCCCUAACUAGGAACAAAAGGAUUGCAUAGCACAACCAGGCCAGGAGUAGAGGAUUCCUGAUAUAUGCUUUCUAGAAAACUGUAUGACGUCCUACCUUAAGCUGCAAAGUUAUAGAUGCAAUUUACAGUUCAAAAAUAGCUACUGCCUAUAAAAGACUCAGAAUUGUUCUCUGGGUUAAUUCUUAAUGUCCCUUGGCCUGCCAAUUUCUACCAACCCUAGCCUCGUGCACAGUAAGGCUGUACAGUGUAAGUGCAUUCAGUUCUACAAGGAGAGCGCUUGUACUGCCAUCUUCUGGAAACAGUGAUCUGCUGCAAAUGCCAAACAGCUAACUUCUCAGCUCUUCCUUGUAAGCUGUUUAGGGGAGGAAAUGUAUAUGUGCCAAUAAACAUCAGAGAGUUGCUUUAUGAGUAUUCAUGUUCGGAAGUACCAGGAGGUAUUUUAUCACCAUCAUAAUGUGCUUGUGAGUACAGAACAGUAUAAUGCUCUAAAUCUUCAUAUGUGUACAGUACAGUCUACAGCACUUUAGUAAUUGGUCAACAGGCUUUUCAAGGCCUUUGUUUACAGGUAAUAUUCACAUUUUAGACAAUUAGGUACAUAGAAUUGAUUUUGUCAUAUCAAUAUAAAUAGAAAAUAAAUGGACUGUGCAGGUAAUCAGUACUCAAACUUAUGAAUAGAUACUUUAUAAAGUUUUGAGAUUUUGCUAAAUUUAACAUCCCAUCUCACUUAAAGGAUAGACAAUAUAAUGUUAAAUCUAGCCAAAGUAGACAUUUAUGACCUACAUACAUGUCCAGAUUCUCUGGUGGCUCCUGUACUGUGUCUCACUUGAUGUUACAGUACUGUCUGUGAUAAAUGUUCUCAUUUCUAUUUAGGAACUCUAAAUAUACAUCUCUAUUAAAUCAGGAGUUUCAUGCUUUUAGAGGUGUAUGUAUUUUGAACUGUACAUUUUAAUUUUCAGAGUGCAUGUUAUAUACUGUUUAAUACUUGACAAAUCUUGGAAAAUUUAGUCCUUUCAUUCCUACGUGUGACAUACAGACUAUCUCUUGAAAACUGCCACUGUCCCAUUUACCAAAUCAUGCUAGCCUAUGCUGUAUCAAAACUAUGGUAUAUUUUAUGGAGAUUUAGUGAUAUACAUGUAAAUGUUUUUAAGUUAUUUUAUUGAACUUCAAUAUUUACAUGAAGUUACAAUCUUUUUUUAAAGAAAGUGUCAGUGCCAGAACUGUAUAAGAAAACACUCAAAUAAAA